UCUCCCUAUGCCAAAUUCAUCAGUCGGCGCAGUACAGGCGAGCAAAGCUAGCAAGAGCGAACAAUUUUCGUCCUAUUUUUAAAUAUACACCUCGUCUGGUCUAUUCGAUGUUAAGAUCUCUUUUAUGACAAACUAUCCCUCCUUUGUAUUUAUAUAUUUUUUUAAGACAUCUGACUUCAUUUUGACGCUGAACCUGUCCAGGCUGGCCAACUUCCAGUCUUUUUGCAGAACUUUGCUGUGGGGCCAAUAAUUUCUCAGGAAAAUGUGACUGCCUGCUAGGAAUUCCCCACGCAUCAGCAGCCAGUGUCGGAGCAAAAACCGCGACCUUGUGUCGGGAAGCAGACGAAAGCAGCAGGGAGAGGGUCAAAACCUGACGGCUGCCUGAGCGAUGAUGUAGCUUUACCGUUACAGCCCCCCGAGUCGCAUCUCAAGGGAUCAUUAUGUAUUUGGAUUUUUCUUGGGGAGAGCCGUUAAAGUACUUGGAAAAAGCGACAACUUGUGUUUUAUAGAUGGCAUCUUUCAGCAGGGUGUAGAUGCUCCAGGCAGAGCAGGGUCCAGCCUCUGUGUCAGAGAGGGACGAGGCUGCUCCCACCUGGGCCGCAGCACUCCAGUGAAACCUUGGCUCUCUCCCGUUCAGCUCAAGCUGCAUCGGAUUAGAAAACAGGACGACACAGAGGCCGUUUUGUGUGAGGUGAAGCAGCAGCAGAAGAAGGAGGAGGAGGAGGAGUAGUCAUCACAGUGGGGAGAUUUUAGUCUGUUCCCCGCCCUCUGAAGUCCACUGCAAUGACGACUGCAGUACAGCCCAGUGAACUGGUGUUUGAAUUUUCCAACGGCAUUGAUGAGAUGAACCAGUUGGACGACCCGUCAGUAUUCCCUGCCGUGAUCGUGGAGCAGGUGCCUACAGCUGACCUGCUUCAGGUCUACUCAGGCCUCGAGUCCGACGAGGUGACUAAUGGCAUCAUGGUGGACACAACUCUCAGCGUGGUGGAGGGACCGUCCAUCCUGUCAGAAGGAGUGGAUCUCUCAGACGGCAACAGAUGCUAUCAAGAGUUUAUGAAAACUGCCAAAACAAGAGGUUCCCGCGCUGACGACAGCAUGGAGACAAACGAAGCAGCUGCCGCUCUGCUCAACAUGGAGUCUCCAAAUAACAUCUUGGAUGAGAAGCGAAUGAUUGGUGCAGUUCACACCUACAACCAUCUGCUGGAGUCAGAGAUGACGUACACUCCUCUCAGGCCUGACCAGAUGGACAACGUUGCUCUUGACAUGUCGUUGGAUGAAGACACCUCUUCCAUGGAUGAGAUUCCUCAAAAGUGUCCCUUAAAACCUCAGAAAAAAAACAAAGUGCGAAAGCCCCGGGUAGUGCGUCCCUGCUCUCCAAUUACAACCCCUAACCUGCCACUCAGGAAGAAGAGCAAAGAGGGCAAAGGCAACACCAUCUACCUUUGGGAAUUCCUCCUGGCUUUGCUGCAGGAUAAAAACACCUGUCCCAAAUACAUCAAGUGGACACAGCGUGAAAAAGGCAUCUUUAAGCUGGUGGACUCCAAGGCUGUUUCAAAGCUUUGGGGCAAGCACAAGAACAAGCCAGACAUGAACUAUGAGACCAUGGGGAGGGCUCUCAGGUACUACUAUCAAAGAGGCAUCCUUGCCAAAGUGGAAGGGCAGCGUCUGGUCUAUCAGUUUAAAGAGAUGCCACCUGACCUGGUGGUGAUUGAGGAUGAGGAGCCUGGAUCUGACGCCAACGCUGGGUACGAGAACCAGAGAUCUUCCAACGGGCGGGGGGUCGUCCGUGGAGGAUCUAAAAGCCACGGCAGGUCUCAGGGUGGACAUCACGUGUCUUUGAAACCAAUGAAGAAAGAACCCAGAGAUGAGUAUGUGUACCAGGAGGCUGAUGGAGGACAGUCUGAGCAGCUGCUGAACUCCAUUCAUGUUUUACAAGAGAACCAGGCGCAAAGUGUUCAAGAUGCAGCACAGGCCGUGAGGACCAUCAGCAGUCCAGUGUCAGUACCGAUGGUGCUGACAUCCUCCGGCUCGCUUCAGUCUGUCCCCCUCACUGUUCUGGCCAACGGCGACUCCAGCCACUCCUCUCCACCUCGGGUUAUUCUCCACACCGUCCCCUCCACAACAGCAGGUGGGAAAGAUGUGCUCACCAUCCAGACGGCUUCUCUCACAGGCGGCUCCGGCAGCCUGCAGGACGGCCUCCCGCAGCAGCUUCUGGUCACCAAUCUGGGCUCCUCUGCCAUUUCUUCUGCUGCCUCCUCCUGCACCUCUCCUCCAGGAGUCAUUAGUUCUGCCACCUCCAGCCUCAACGGUCUCCCCCGCCUCGUCACCAUCAACACCACCGGUGGCCAGACCAUGGUGGCGCAGCAGCCUGGCACCGUAAUAGCCACAGUACUUAAAUCCAGCGAUUUCUCUGCGCUGCAGGUCAAAGAGGAGAUGCUAGACUCCAGCUACUUCCAGUCGAUGGUGAACGGCGAUCCAUCACUGGCCGCACACACAUUCGAGAAGGAAGAGAUGGAGGCAGGGGAGGCAGAGCUGCAGUAUCGGACUGUGAUCAUCGAUACCAGUCAAAGCCUUGCCCAAGGGGCUGCAAGUGAAACUUUAAUAAAUGGACAUUACUCCCAGAGCAGCAGCCCAGGCGAGGGUUUGACCCCCGUGGAGGAGUUGGAGGUGCGCGGGGAGAUGUCCCUGCAGCCUGAGCAGGGAAUCAAAAGCCUGCAGGAGCUACCGCUGUCUGUUCAGUUGCCUGCAAACUUUAUCCAGAUAAAAACAGAGCCUGCAGAGGCUUAGAGCUGCAGGACUCUUACUCACAAAGUGAACCAAAAAGAUUGAAUUUAUUGUGACCACAGACUCGAUAUUUUCUUCCCCUCCUCUACGCUCUGAUUAAAUUAAUUAUCAGAAGUCGGGAAUUAACAUGCUGUUAAUUCCUAUCUUCAAAGUUGGUCAGUUCAGCCUCAGGAUUUAUUGUUUACUCACAUGUUAUGUGACUAUGUGCCUAAUUUCAAAAAUCUAGGGAAUGAUUUGUUUUUUUAAGAAGUUAGCUUUAAGAAAAAGGAUAAUUCCCACACAUGUAUAUGCACAAAAAGCACGAAGAAAUCUAGGAUUCCUGUCUGCAAAUAAAAAAGUGCCAGUCAAUUAUUUUUUUUUCUUAUUAACAUUAGAUCUCAUUGGACUAAUGUUAGAAAAGGACCACGCAACAAACCAAAAACAAGGACUGAAUGCCAAACACUGCGACAAAAAGGGACACCUGAAGAGCCGCUGGUCUCCUUUAACUGCUUGAAUGUUUUUGAGGGAAGCUGGUUGUCACGGUUGUGAUCAAUCUAUGGAAAUAAAGAAUAGUGAUCUCAUGAGUUUAAGUACAGAGUGCCUUAUGAGACGUUUGGAGGAAGAAUAACAUUAUUUUAAUACAGACAAGAAGUUAAAAUUCAUUUAUUUUGACACAAACAGAGAAGGUGUGCAUAUACUCUGUAUCAGCCCUUGCAUAAGAACAUUGUGUUACUGUUUAAAAAGGCAUUUUCUGUGUGGAGCUGCAGACUGGAAGGUACAGCAAGAAAGAGAAGAACAGAACCUGCAGAAUAAAAGUAAUUUUUGUCCAUUUCUCCCUCUGAAGCUCCAAGGUUUAAAUCCUGUUCAUGUAAAACAAUAUAUAUAUGAACCUAUAAAUAUAUAUAUAUAUAUGUAUACUGUAUGUAGACGUAUAAUAUGCAAUUGAAAUUCAAUUUUAAGGCCACAAGAAAUUUAUUUAUUUUAAUUCCUAAAUUCUGUAAAGAAAAGGCACAUUUGUAUUCUUUUUACAUGUAAACCUGAGGGAAGAUAAAACAAGAUACCAGGAAGCUUGUGAUAUAUUUUUUUUUGUAUAGUAUUCAAUAUAAUCAGCUUUGUUUUUGUUUAAGUUCUGUUCUGAAAUGCUCAGUGCAGCGUCAUUAUUCUGCUGCUGUGAAUAUAUCGGUUAUAUUUCUGUUUUGAACAUUUACAGAAUGAGCUUUUAUUUCCCCCCACUCUUCAGUGGAUGUACCUCUCUCUCCUGUUUUCUAACUGUCAUGCAGGCGAGGCUAUUGCUUAAAAACUUUUGGAUUUUGUUUUGCAUAAAGUAUCAAAUCUAUUAGUUAAUACCGAAUUUUUGCUUGAAAUCUAAUGUUUCUAAAGUGGUUAGAAACGGAAAUGGCACCGUGUUCUGCUCUCUUUCCUCUUUUCUCCUCCUCUCCCCUGUCCUGGUGUCUCUGAUCUGUUGAAGUUUGUGCCUUCUUCCUAUUUCUUUGACCUGUUUGGUUAAGAACCCCAGGCCAGCCAUCUGACUUACUCCCUUGUUUCUGUGUAGGGGAUGAAGCCAUAUUGAUCCUGAGUGGUAUCAGAGCUAAAUCGCUUGUAUUUUCCUGGCUGGCUGUAGCUGCUGAGUGAGGGACUCUUAAACUAACUGACCUCCAUCCUCAGCGUAAGAGUUGAAGGCUGCUUUACAACCUUUACAACAGCCAAAGAGCUCCGCAUUCUGCAGGCACUCUGAAUGUAAGACAUGCUGUCGCAACUGUUUUGACAAUCAAUAAAUACACUGGGUUAUAUUUGCAUUAAAUUUUAGACUUUCUGUUAGGAUUUUCUUCAUAUAUAUAUAUUCUUAUAUCCAGUCUUUUCUAAAGCACUGUUGUCUGAAUCGUUGAGGUAUGUCCACUGCAUUUUGUUUUGUUGCAUCUUUUGUCUUGGGUGUCGAUGGCCUUCUUUUAUGCAGAACUUAGACUAGAUUUUUCAGAAAAAGUCAAUAUGCAAAUUAAAAAGAAAAUCUUCUCUAUAUAUA